GCCGUCGUUGUCGAUAAAGUGGAUCACCAUUUUAUACAAUCCACGGUCUCUGGAGGGGAAGAGAGAGAGAGAUUCUACCUCGCGGAGCACGCAGUAGUAGCCCGUGAUGUUCUCGUCGUCGUCACUCGUGUUGUGGCGCUGACGAAGUGCACACGGUUGUUCCCGUUUCCAUCGGUCAGUGCCGGCAAGUGGUGGGUGUGUUCGGUUUCUCCGGUGCUCGGCACGAACGAAAGCAAGAAAAACCAAGAACGCGCGAAUUAUCCCGCUGAGGACAUCAGUCAUGGGCGGAUACGCAUGGGUUACCUUAGCCACAAACGAUGCCUACUGUCUGGGAGUACUGGUCCUGGCACACUCUUUGCGUCGUGUCAACACCAAGCACGAUCUGGUUUGUUUGAUCACUCCUGGAGUCACGGCAAAGAUGAGGGAAACAUUGGAGGCAGUAUUUUCCUUGGUUCAGGAAGUUAAUGUUCUCGACUCGAAGGACGAGCAAAAAUUGGCUCUGCUGGCUAGACCAGAAUUGGGCAUUACGUUCACCAAGUUACAUUGUUGGAGGCUAACUCAGUAUGAGAAGUGUGUUUUUGUUGACGCAGACACUCUUGUCGUACAAAAUUGCGACGAGUUAUUCGAGCGUGAAGAACUAUCAGCCGCGCCCGAUGUCGGCUGGCCUGACUGCUUUAAUUCCGGAGUAUUUGUCUUCAGACCCUCUCAAGAAACAUUCGCAUCAAUCAUCGCGUUUGCCGCUUCCAAAGGCUCGUUUGAUGGCGGGGAUCAAGGUUUAUUGAAUAUGUACUUCAGCGAUUGGGCCACUAAGGACAUCUCCAAACAUCUACCGUUUAUUUACAAUAUGUGUUCCACCGCGACGUAUUCCUAUCUUCCCGCGUUCAAACAAUUUGGCGAGGAUGUGAGAAUAAUUCAUUUUAUUGGUAUAACGAAACCGUGGUUACAGUAUUUUGAUACUCUAACUGGUAUCGUGUAUCCACCACCUGAAUCUAUGCACUUGCAACCGCUAUUGCAACUGUGGUUUAACAUAUUCUACGAGAAAGUACAUCCCCACCUAACCACUUCUAUGGCCACCAGCACAUUGGCUCCAAUUUGGCACUCAUUUACUUUCCCGUCCUACGCACCCCCCGUUCCCGAAUACUCCGUUUACUCCGACACGACGAGCAACAACACUUACUCGCAAACGCCGGACUUUUCCGAGUUUAAAGAUCCCUGGGAAGAAUAUUCUCCGCAGAACGAAUCGUUUCCGAUCGCUAAAAGCACACCUCUCGAAUACAUUCAGCAAUUUCGCUACGAAGAACAGCAAUCGUCUUAUACACCCAUUCAAACGUACGAACAACAAUAUUCCACGCAACAUGAACAAAGUCAGCAUCAAGAACACGCCACUUCUCAUUUUAGUGAGAAUCGAGAACAUUACACACAACACACUUAUCAUCCCUGGCAGCAAGUUAGCGAACAAAGACACCAUGACGAACCCCAUCAGCAUAAUGAACAUAAACAUCACGAUCAACAAAGACAUUAUCACGAGCAACGCCAGUAUCACGAACACAGGCACCAACAUUACGAACAGCAUCAGCCUGAACAGAAAUAUCACUAUGAACAUCAGCAUCAUGAAAAUAAACACGAACAUUAUAGCGAGCAAAAACCACACAAUGAUCAUCAUCAACACUCGGAACAAUCUCAGCAACACGAGUCUCACAGAAACAAAACAAGCGAAUAUCAGAUUCAUCAAACGGUUCACGAGCAUUAUACUGGCGAAUCUCAGUCGCAUUUCGCCGAAGUGGGGCGCGAACAUCACGCUAGUAAUAGUAAUCAAGCUAGUCAUCAUCACACGAAUCAUCAGAAUUACACUGUUUCACAAAAUGGUCAUGCUACGAGCAAUGAGCACAAUCAGCACGUUCAAGACAAAUAUUUUGCACCUUAUUCUCAUAACGAAAAGAGUAGCGAACAGUCGUCGAAAGCUGCAAACAAGCAGACAGAUUUACGGAGAAUUGAUUCCUAUCUUCCCUCUCCCGCACCUUGUACAGAUCUCCACAAUGUAGCCACGCAAUCUGAUCCGAACGUAGUGGAACAUCUAGACAGUGCAAAUGCGGGGAUCGCCGGUGCCUUAGCUCAAAUGACACUGGGCCAACCAAGAAGCGCCGAGCAAAUAGCUUACGAAGAGCACAUGCGAAAACAGAGUUGGGAACAGGGACAGAUCGACUACAUGGGUCGCGACAGCUUCGACAACAUCUGGAAAAAGAUCAGCGAAACGCUUUCUCUCGCGCCGGAACGGCAACCGACUCCACCCAAAGAGGAUAUCGCUAAACCUGAAGAAAGUGCUGCUGCUGCUGCUGCUGAGCCUGCUGUGAAGACUCCUAUAGACGUGCCUAUAGACGUGCCUAUAGACGUGGAAGUGAACAAACCAGCCGUUGAGGCGGACAAGGAUCCAACACAGUCUUUAGUAUGCGCAAUUCCCGAAGAGAAGAUUUCAGUGACGCAAACUCCCGAACAAACAACAUUAUUUGCCGAGGAAAAAACCGAGGAAUCAGAAGUAAAAGCUGCAUCAGCAACGAAAGAAUCUAGCGAGCCGAUAUCAUCGGCCGUCACGGAAGAAUUGAAGGACGUGAAGACUCAAGCGCUUGUACAAAUAUCGGAAUAUCGGUCGCCUGCGGAAACGAUCGCGGAGCAAUGCAAGCUCGCAAGUCCGCCGACGACACAGAAAACGACACCUCAAGACGAAAGUCUUCUCGAAACGAAAGAAUCGCAAGCGGACGCGACCUGUAAGGAAGAAGCAAUUGCUCCCGUUACGCAAACUGAUAGCGCGACAACACUUGUCAAACCAGAAAGCCUAGCUUUCUCUUCUCAAGAAGCGUCGCAAACCGCAGAUGCUCCAACUAACGUUGAUGCUUCGCAAGCAGUCACUACUUCUGUUGAAACAAGUAAAGAACCGUCUCAAGAUAGCACGAAAUGUGCAAGUGAAACUACGGUUGACAUAACGCAGCCUCUCACAAUAGAUCCAAGCGAGCAGCAUGCGGAAGUGCUGUUGGCAGCUUCCGAAGUCUCUACCGUAAGUCCCGUCCCUAUUCAGGUGGCGGAAGCGGUUCUUCAAGCGGAGCCAAAAGAAUCCGUGUCGGACACGGCCGCGGCCGCGAGCGAUCAGGCGAUUGCCACAACGGUUACGGCUGUACACAGGUCCGCGGAUAUCUCUCCCGUUGAGACGACGGGGCACGUUCAAUUAAAUGGAUCGGCUUGCGAGUCUGAGAGGCGCAGCGAUGUUGCGGUACUUCCCGAAAAGGAUCUACCGGAAAAGGCUGAUACUUCUAUCAAGGUAUCGAAGAAAUCAGUUGCGACAACAGAAGCACCGCCUGCUACUGAAAAGAAGGAAGAGUCCAAUAGCGGUGCAGCGCUUUCGGAAGAAUCAUCUGCAAAGGCAGAAAAGUUAGCUGAACAGACUGCAAAAGAAGAAACAAAAGAAACAAAGCAAAUCGAAAAGACGGAAGCAUCAAAAACGAAACCUGCUGAACAGAUUGCGAAGACAGAAACGGUCGCGAAAGCUGAAAAACCGAAAGAAGCGUCGCUCGAAAUCAAAGUAAAGGAAACAGCCACAAAAUCGUCAGAUACAAGCAAGGUCCCAGAAUCACCGAUUACCGAACAGAGCCCAUCGGUAGAAGAAUCCAUUAAAGCGAAAGCGACGAACAUCCCAUCGACGCCGACAGUGAUCGAAGCUACACCGCCAACCAGUCCGUCCGCAGAGACCCCACGGGAAUUAGAAGAAAAACCUGCGAAGAAAGACCUAAAGAAGUCCGAUUCAGCGGAGGGCGCGGACAGCGAGAGCGCAGAUAAAAAGACGGCGAAAAAGACGGUUAAGAAGGUGACGAAGAAACCGAAGGCAAAACCUGAAGAGGCGACAGGUUCCUCUGUCUCAGAAAGCGCUCCUGCGGACAGUUCGCCGAGCAAACCGAAGAAAACCGUAAAAGUCGCUAAAAAAAAUAACACGAAGACAGGACUGACAUUGGAAACUAGCGCAGGCGUGCCGGAAACACCACCGCCGCCGUCGCCAGCCGUCAGUACCGCCGCCCCCGACGUGCCUGUUCCGCCCAAACGGAAGACGAAGAGCAGCACUUCGAGCUCAAAAGAAACGGUCGAUAGUAAGAAACCCGACGGAGAAGAAUAAUCAGUCGCGACAAUAAUCUCGAACAGCGCGGAGGUCUCUCCGAGAGAGACUAAGAAAACGUUUAAUAGACAUCCAUGAGAUCGCAAGAUCUUAUUUACACAUUCGCGUUGGGCGGGUAUAAUAUCCAAGUUAUGCAAUCACAAAUUUUAACCCUUUCGAGGCUGCGUUCUUGCAAGACUGACGCUAAAUGUUCGAUUUAAUGAUUAUUCUAGCCUCAUGUAAAAAAAAAAAAAAAAAAA